AUGCUUAAACUGAGUCGGCACCGUAACUUAGCUCAUGUACUGGCACAAUGCGCCCCCGUCCAAUAUAGAUCCUUGGGGUCUCAAACCCCUUUUGAUUUAGAACCAGAGGCCCAAGAUGACAAGUAUGCUGACCUCAACACUAUGUACAGCCAAAUGUUUACUGAAGGAGGCAAGUCAGCUAAGAGAGCAGCUUCGCAACCAAGCAAUAACUCCUUUGAUAUUGAUGCGUUAAAUGCAGAAAUCGCGGAGGCGUACAACUUUGCUCCCAGGCCAAUCUCUGGUGAUUUUUUCGAACAGAUAGUGAAAUCACCGGGGCGCUUUAUUAUUCAAAGUCUUUCCACUAAUCCAUACUACAAUCUGGCUCUUGAAGAGUACGUCUUCAGAAAUACUCCAGCACCUAAAGGAAAAUUAUUCUCUAACGAAAGGCUGUUAUUUUAUGUGAAUGAUAAGUGCGUAGUAAUCGGGAAAAACCAGACGCCAUGGAAGGAGUUAUUUCUUGACAAUUGCGAGACAAAAGGGUAUAAAUAUGUUCGUCGUAGAUCUGGAGGUGGGGCGGUCGUGCACGACCUAGGAAAUGUGAAUUACUCGUAUCUCACUUCGCGUGAUAACUUCCAGCGAGAAUACUUUAACAAGCAGAUUGUACAUUGGCUAACUGACCUUCGGCCGGAGGCUGAGAUCCACUUGAAUCAUCGGGGAGAUAUUCAUUUGAACGAUUUCAAGGUUAGCGGAAGUGCCUUCAAAAUAGCAAUGGGCAAAUCCUAUCAUCACGGUACCAUGCUGAUAAAUUCAGAUCUGUCGUCUUUUAAGGGACUUCUGAAGCCGGACAACGUGGAACAUAUCUCUUGGAGUGGAGGUAGCGUAGAGAGUGUGAGAUCUAAUGUUAGCAAUAUGAAGGAAGCGGGAUUCAGUAGUACUGACGAGUUCAUCAAUAUUUGUACAGACGGAUUUAGGAGAACCAUGCAGGAAGAAGUCCCAGUAUAUUUGGUAGAUGAAACUACCACCACAACUGACCAGCUUUCCAAAAAUACCAAGGAUCUAGCCAGCGGCGAGUGGCUUUAUGAGAGCGGCCCCAGUUUCUCAGUCACAAUUGCGCACCACUCAAUCUCAGUAGUUAAAGGAGUGAUCAAAGAGUCAACAAUCCCCGGUUGUACUGGGCAGCACUUUAAAGACUUCGUGAAUCUCCUCAGGCAAAAUCAGAUUCUUGGUGUCAACGUUAAGAUAUAA